AUGUUCGACGUGUUCGGCUCCGUCAAGGGGCUGCUGAAGAUCGAUUCGGUGUGCAUCGACAACAAUGUCUUCCGUCUGCAUUACAAAGCCACGGUCGUCAUACUGGUUGCGUUCUCUUUGCUCGUCACUAGCAGACAAUACAUCGGAGACCCUAUCGACUGCAUCGUGGACGAGAUCCCGCUCAAUGUUAUGGACACUUAUUGCUGGAUCUACUCUACGUUUACGAUCCCGAAUCGACUUACGGGAAGAGUGGGACAGGAUAUAGUACAACCGGGGGUGUCGAGCCAUGUGGACGGUAAAGACGAUGUUAAAUACCACAAGUACUACCAAUGGGUGUGUUUCGUACUGUUCUUCCAAGCUAUGCUGUUUUACGUACCACGAUACCUGUGGAAAACCUGGGAAGGCGGAAGGAUCAAAAUGUUGGUGAUCGAUCUCAACUGCCCGAUUGUAAGUGACGACUGCAAGAACGACCGAAAAAGACUGCUAGUCGAUUACUUUACGACGAACCUCCAUAUGCAGAACUUCUACGCGUUCAGGUUCUUUAUAUGCGAGGUCCUUAACUUCAUCAACGUCGUCGGACAAAUCUUCUUCAUGGAUUUCUUCCUCGACGGCGAAUUCAGCACGUACGGUAGCGAUGUGUUGAAAUUCACGGAAAUGGAACCCGAAGAACGAGAAGACCCUAUGUCGAGGGUGUUUCCUAAAGUAACGAAAUGCACAUUCCACAAAUACGGUCCGUCAGGGUCGGUGCAGAAGUUCGACGGCUUGUGCGUGCUUCCUCUCAAUAUCGUGAACGAGAAGAUCUACGUGUUCUUGUGGUUCUGGUUCAUCUUCCUGAGCGUCCUAUCCGGAAUCUCUUUGAUCUACCGCUGUUGCGUCAUCGUCGGACCCAAGAUGCGUCUCUACCUCCUCCGAGCCAAGUGCAGGAUUGCAUCUGCAGAGCAAGUGGAAACGAUCGCCAACAAGUGCGAGGUCGGUGACUGGUUCGUUCUGUACCAGCUAGGCAAGAACAUCGAUCCGCUGAUCUUCAAAGAGGUAAUGUCGGAUCUAGCGAAGAAACUAGAGGGCAAAGAGACUGUAUAA